UGGAGAAUUGUAGAUGGAGGGAAUGAAUGAAGAAAAGACACUAACGAACCCCUGAAAUAAUAACGGGCGCAGUGAGUGAUUGAUUGCUUUCUUUCAUUUUGCAUUUUCAUUUCCUUUUUCUUUUGCACUCAUUUCUAUUUGCUCUCUCGCUCUCUCUCUCGAUCUCAAAGCUUCCUUUUUUCGUCUCCUAUUUCUCCUUAUUGUUCUCUUCUUACUCUCUGCAACUCCUUUCUCCCACGUCGAUUUCGUUUCCGUGAGGAAUGCGCAUUGAUCAUUAAGGAAGUUAUUGUCUGUUCUGUCUUUGGGAAUUCGAUUUAUCUUUUCUCUUUUUGCCCCGGUCGAGAAUUCUUGUAAAAGUCGGAGAGGAUGGGUUUGAUUUCUGGAAUUCUUAUGGGGAUGAUCGUUGGGAUCGCAUUGAUGGCGGGUUGGUACCAUAUGAUGAGGUACCGAAGCACCAAUCGUGUCACUAAGGCAAUUGAUAUAAAACUUCUUGGGUGUCUUAGCAGAGAUGACUUGAAGAAAAUUUGUGGUGAUAACUAUCCUGAAUGGAUAUCUUUCCCUGUCUAUGAACAGGUCAAAUGGUUGAACAAACAACUGAGCAAGUUGUGGCCUUUUGUUGCUGAAGCAGCAACAAUGGUCAUAAGGGAAUCUGUUGAACCACUGUUGGAAGAAUAUCGACCUCCAGGAAUUACUUCACUGAAGUUCAGCAAACUCUCUCUUGGAGAUGUGGCACCUAAAAUUGAAGGUAUUCAUGUUCAGAGCCUUAAAAAAGGUCAAAUCACAAUGGACAUUGACUUCCGAUGGGGUGGUGAUCCAAACAUCAUACUUGCUGUUGAAGCGGCACUUGUUGCAUCUAUACCCAUUCAGUUGAAGGAUCUUCAAGUUUUCACUGUUGUUCGUGUAAUUUUCCAACUUUCUGAAGAGAUCCCUUGUAUUUCUGCUAUUGUUUUUGCUCUCCUUUCUGAGCCAAAGCCUAGAAUAGAUUAUACAUUGAAGGCUGUUGGAGGAAGCUUAACAGCACUACCUGGAAUUUCUGAUAUGAUUGAUGAUACUGUGAAUUCAAUUGUCACAGACAUGCUCCAAUGGCCCCAUCGGAUAGUUGUACCAAUUGGUGGUACACAGGUUGAUACAAGUGAGUUGGAACUUAAACCACAGGGGAAGCUUAUAGUGACAGUGGUAAAAGCAGAUGAAUUGAAGAAUAUGGAAAUGAUUGGCAAAUCUGAUCCUUAUGUCAUUCUGUAUAUUCGACCUCUAUUCAAGGUUAAAACAAAGGUUAUUGACAACAACCUAAAUCCUAUUUGGAAUGAAACAUUUGAGCUGAUUGCUGAAGACAAGGAGACACAAUCACUUAUCCUUGAGGUUUUUGAUAAGGAUGUUACACAAGACAAGAGACUGGGCAUAGUAAAAUUACCUUUAGCUGAUUUGGAACCUGAAACUCCAAAGGAUAUUGAGCUGAGACUGCUGCCCUCACUUGACAUGCUAAAAGUUAAAGAUAAGAAAGACAGAGGAUCUCUUAUAGUUAAGGUUUUGUAUCAUCAACUCGACAAGAAAGAACAGUUGGUAGCUCUUGAAGAAGAAAAGGUGAUCCUAGAAGGACGGAGAAAAUUGAAAGAAGAAGGGGUGAUAGGGAGCACGAGGGAUGCAUUAGAUGGAGCAGCUUCUUUGGUUGGAUCAGGGGUAGGGCUAGUGGGAACUGGCAUUGGAGCAGGAGUUGGGCUAGUGGGAACUGGCAUUGGAUCAGGGAUGGGCCUAGUUGGAACUGGCAUUGAAUCAGGAGCUGGCCUAGUUGGAACUGGCAUUCAAACAGGAGCUGGCCUAGUUGGAACUGGCAUUCAAACAGGAGCUGGCCUAGUUGGAACUGGCAUUGGUGCAGGAGCUGGGCUUGUUGGGAAUGGAAUCAAUGCUGGAGUUGGAUUUGUUGGCAGCGGCUUUGGUGCUAUGAGCAGCGGCCUUAGUAAGGCAGGAAAGUUAAUGGGGAGGAGCUUAGGGCAUUCUGGCUCUUCCAAGAGAAGUGGUAACAGCACUCUAUAACCCCUCGACAAGGGAACGAUAAGGGAAAGCCAGCACAGACCUCUCCAUAUGGCUUUGGCUAGCUGUAGGACCUGCAGUUAACCUUGUGAAUUGUAUGCUUUAAAUGAUUGGACAGGGCUACGAACUCUUGAUUCUUCCUUUUCUUAUUUAUUUUCAUCCUUUGUUUAUUUUGGGCAUCAUCUCCGUGUAUUUUGUUUAUUAAUUCUUAAAUGCCGGUUUUUUGUAGUACGAUGAAUCCUAAACUGCUGUUCAUACUCCAACUUGAUUUUGAUUACAAAUAAAAAAAGGGAAAUGCAAACCAUUGCUUUGCUUA